CUGUCGCAGCAGCAGCAGCAGCAGCGGGGCAGACUGGUCACAACUGUGUUGCGCUUUGAUGGAGAUCACAGAAACUGGAUCCGACUCGCCGCUUUAUUCGUUCUUUCUCAAGUCGAGUGAAAAUCUAGGUCAGCGCUGCCACUAACCAGAAAAAUAUGCGAUCGAGUAUUCAUCACAUUUACAUUUCCAGCCGGGGAGGCUGCAGUUAGCACUGAGGUAGCAGUGUAGGUGACGCUAGCUGGGACAGAAAUAGAGCAGAAAGCGUCAUCCAGCUGUGGUUUUUGGACCUGCUUUGUGUACUGUAGUCUGUCUGGGAUGCAUCUCUCCAAGAAAUGUUCAGCCUUCAAAGUGGUGCUGAGCGCCCUGCUGAUAGUGGCGCUGCUGCAGCUCAUUUACCUGUCCUUCCUGUCCAAGUUUCACGGUAAGCAGCAGCGGUACCGAUACUCCGAGCUCUUCGGGGGCUCCGGGGCCAAGAAGAAUGCGCACCCGGAGAAAAACUCGCGGAAGGAGCGCCUGAGGUACUCGCUGUCCACCGGUGGGAUCUUUGACAACAGCGGGCAGUACCGAGUGUACAAGAACUUGAUUAAAAGUGACUUCACCACAAAUGAGAGGCCGGGAUCUGACCCCAGCUCCAAUAUCCUGGCUUUAGCUACACACACCACUAUCAACAACCUGCACUACCUGGAAUCUCUACUGGAAAGGUGGCAGAACCCCAUCUCUGUGGCCAUAUUUGCACACGGCCAAGAUGUCAAGUUUGCCACAGCUCUGGUGUACGCUCUCAGUUUUUUCUGCCCUCAGAUCCAAUCCUUGGUGGACUUCCACUUGGUGUGCCUCUCAGGAGAGAUGGCCAGCUUUCCCGAGCAGGACCGUGAGCACUUUGCAGGGCUCGAGGACUGCGCCUCUGUGUUCUCCAGACUGGAGACUCACGGGGAGAAGUACAAGAACUAUGCCAUAAGUGGAAACAUCUCCUAUCCCAACAACCUUCUUCGUAACAUCGCCAGAGGGGGCACAGAGUCCUCAUACAUCCUGGUCAUCGACAUCGACAUGAUGCCAAGUGCUGAGCUGCAUGAGCAGUUUCUGGCCAUGAUCACAAAGCGUGAGCCUGUAAGUGAUGAGGUCUUCGUCCUACCGGCUUUCGAGAUCCGCCACGCAAGGAAGAUGCCAGCCACCAAGGCAGAGUUGGUUCAGCUCUACCAGGUCGGUGAAGUCCGGCCUUUUUAUGAAGAGCUGUGUCCUCGUUGUCAAGCCCCCACUAACUACUCGCAGUGGGUAAACAGUCACGUCCGAGAGACAGGCGCCCUGGAAGUUGCCUACACACUCACAUGGGUGGACCCCUGGGAGCCCUUUUACAUCGGCCAUCGCUCUGUGCCCCUCUAUGAUGAGAACUUCAAGCAAUAUGGCUUCAAUCGUAUCAGCCAGGCCUGCGAGCUCCAUGUGGCCGGAUACAGGUUCUCUGUGCUGAGCACUGCGUUUGUGGUGCACCGGGGCUUCAAGAUCCAGGGGGAGUUCCAUGCUAGGAAAGACGAGGAGAACAAACGCAACCGGGUUCUGUUUCGCAACUUCAAAGAGGGCCUGAAGACCAAAUACCCAUCCUCCACUCGGCGCUGCUGAAGAAAGACGGGGACAUCAACCGCUGAUGAAAUCGCUGUUGAGCUGAAAUGAUGGACGCUUUCUUCUCGUAUCCAGAUUUAGCUUCCCGUAAACCUCUUCCUGCCCAACUUUCCUAGUCAGCACAUCAAUGUCCUAGUUUUUCUUUUUUUUUUUGUUUUUUUUUGUGUGUGUGUGUGUGUGUGUGAUGAUGGCACAGUAGGAGUUUAGGCUGAUCCAACUCCUGCGAUGAUUUCAAAUUUUGUGAAAAUGAGCAGCAGGGAAAUGCUGUCUGGGGAUUUCUGAGUGUAUGCUGCAUAGCUGGGACUGGAAAAAAGAAAUGAUCAUUCAAGAGAGAGAAAUGCCAGGAAAUCCAGAUUUUACUGCAGUUUCACUCAAAUGCACAUUCAGGUUGUUGAUGGCAUUUGAUUUGGGGUCAUUUUAAAGCACAUAAGGUAUCCAUCCUAUGAUUAGAAAUCAUUUUAAACUAGUCCUCAUAUAAAAAUAGACCAGAGAGACCCAGAUUUCACUGCAAAUAAUGUGAAGUUUAACAUUUUCCCUUUCAGUUAUGUGGUCUAACAUAUUUAAAGGCUUGUUGGUGUUUGACUGACAGCAGCUGACAGUACACUUUAAUUAGCGUAUACAUCAGAGGCCGACAGUAGGAAUAAAAACAAGGACGACGUCAGCAUCGAGUGAGUUUUAAAGCUGCUUUAUGUGGAGCUCCUGGCGAGCUAAUUCUCCUGCAGACUGACUGACAGCAGGUAUUUAGGUGCAGUUUUAGCAAAGUGGUGGUGCAUCACAGAGGUCUGGAAGGAGACCUCAGCAGGAAAGCACUGUCUGCAAUGGCUCAUUUUAUACGGCAAUGCUGACGGUUUACAGCAGAUGUUUUAAACUGACAUAAUCUGAAUUACUGCACAGAAACAUGCUCUGAUAGACUAACAGCCCUCUGAGAAUAUAAAUUUCUCCCCUGUGGGUUGGAAAGGGGUAUGAUUUUUCUCCAAGGGGAAAACACAGUAAUUUAAAGAUAAAUAAAGCUUAUUUCAGCUGCUCCCUUGUUCGUAAGGAGUCGCCACAGCAGAUGGAUCCACAUCUUUUGAUUUGGCACAGAUUCCUGUGGCUAAAAAACACCCCCCACACCAUUUAAUUAAAUUUUGCCUGGCCUGGUUCCAGAUAUUUAUGUCAGCUAUUCUAGUAAUAAUGAAGAUAAAUGAAAUACAAAUAGUAAAUGGGAUUAUUGCUCUUCAGACACAAAGGGGGAAUAAAGUGCGUCCGUGAUGCACUCUGACCACCAGGUGGCAACAGUCCCUCGCCUGUCGGGUGCACAGAUUUAUUUUCAGCCUGUAGUGAAAACAGCAGAGUGCUGUUUGGAGGAUGUGAAGCGGCUCUGCAGUCAGCACAUAUCAGACUGAAGGGGUUAAUCUCAUGAGAACAAAGCACUGGGAACCUGUGUACAGAGAUGAUGUACAACACUAGCUUUUUGCCUACACUGUGGAGAACUGCUGUAUUUAUAACACUGAGGAUCUGACACUGGCAGUCCUCUGCAUUUAUCAAGAGAUGUUUUUUUUGUUUUUUUUACCUCUUAAGGUGGAGUAUAUGAUGGGAGCAGGCAGCUACAGGCGCUAAUGUAGCAUACAUGUAAAGCAUAAUCAAUGUGUGAACCACAAACAGGAUUGCUACUUUUGCCACUACUAGUAUAAAAAAUAGCUCAUUUUUGAUCUUAGACUUUAUUCUGUAACUAUGGUACAUACAUACAGUAUUAAAACUCGACUGCCACUCUACUUUUGCUCUUUGUAGUGAAUGCAUAUACACUUCAGAUAGGUUUGAUUCAUGUGUUUAAGUGUUAAAUUCUAAUUUAAUUCUCGGUUUGGGAGUGACUGAAGCAUUUUUCCUUCCUUGCUUGUAAUGAUUGUGAUAUAUUUAUUGUUUAAAAACUUAUUUGUUAACAAGAACUGUUUUUUAUGACCUCAAGCAAAAAAAAUAAAUAAACAAAACUGUAGCACGAAAUUGUGUUUGAUAUGGAACAUUAUGAUUUCUUUGAACCACUGUUAAUUUAUUUAGCAUUUUUGGAGUGGGCUCAGUUUUAACACAUUACCUUAUGUGAUUAUGUGGUGCAGUGCUUUUUUUCUGGUGUGACGUCUUCCUUAUUUGAAAAUACAUUCUUUUUUAUUUAUUCUUUUUUUUUUUCUUUACAAUGCCUGAUUUGUAUUGUU